CGUCUUAGACACAAACCUACUAUUUGUCAUGUGAGACGAUGUAGACUAACGUUGUCAGGUCAUCAUCUUGGCGGAUACCGCAAUGAAUUAUGUAUGGCAUUUCGACACAUUACGACUGCGUUUGCGUUUGCGUUUGCGUUUUUUUGUUACGGUUCUGGUACAGCAUUCGGGGGCUCUCGGGGGAUAGGGUUGUUCGUUCGCCUUUUUUUUGUGUUGUUUAUCUGAUGAGGUUACAAAAAGAGGGAGGCCUAAGUAGGAUCGCUCGGGUGUUCUUGGGUAUCGUUUUUAAUGAACGCUAUUAUUGAUCCAUUCGCUAUCAGAGGUGUAUUUCGUGAUCGUGAGUGUUUGGUCCAACGUGAAAUAUGUCGCUUGAUGGAUAUUCUCCUGUUUCAAUAUGUGCCUACCUAAU